GAAGUCUGCGACGCUCUUCUGCCGAAGCAAGAACAAGAGUUGUGUUCACGUGUGGUUGUGUGUGUUUCCUUUUUCCUCGAAAUAGGCCACACAACUUACGUCCAUUCGUGAAACUAACUCUCCUAGAAAAACCCAAAAAAAGUAAAAAAAUCUCCGAAAAAACGCAUACAAAAAAAUCGCAAAACCGUAGGCGAAAACCGUCGCAGCGUGGUGAGAUAAAAUAAAAAAAAAGAGAAAUAAGUGUAAUCGUCAUCGUCGUCGUCGGCAUCGUCGUUCGCGGGAAACAGGCUGUAUACACACGGCAAUAGCAGAAAGUGGAGAAGUGUCCCAAGCACGUCAACAACGAGCUAGAUCAACGGACAACAGUCACAUUCGUGCAAAGUCGUACGAAGACGAGCCAUAUUGUGAGCCAAGGCUGAGGAGUAGGGGGUGAAGAAGCGAGUCCCUUUUGCGAAAAGCGAAGGGUAGUCUGGCAUUCCUGUCCUAAUUUCUGGUGCGAUAACGAAGCCUUGAUACUCCGUCGCCACCAUGAAUCCGGGCGCACCCAAUUAUCCCAUGGCCUCGCUCUACGUGGGCGAUCUACACACCGAUAUCACCGAGGCGAUGUUGUUCGAGAAGUUCUCGUCGGCCGGACCUGUGCUGUCGAUACGCGUAUGCCGCGACAUGAUCACCCGCCGUUCCCUGGGCUAUGCGUACGUCAACUUUCAGCAGCCGGCCGAUGCCGAACGCGCCCUUGAUACGAUGAACUUCGACAUGAUAAAGGGGCGGCCUAUUCGAAUUAUGUGGUCCCAGCGUGAUCCGUCUUUACGCAAAUCCGGCGUCGGAAACGUAUUCAUAAAGAAUCUAGAUAAAAACAUCGACAAUAAAGCAAUGUACGAUACUUUCUCCGCUUUCGGCAACAUAUUGAGUUGUAAAGUUGCACAGGACGAGUCAGGCGCCUCCAAGGGUUACGGAUUUGUCCAUUUUGAAACCGAGGAAGCUGCCAACAAGUCUAUCGACAAGGUCAACGGCAUGUUAUUGAACGGCAAGAAGGUGUACGUUGGUAAAUUCAUUCCGCGUAAGGAACGCGAGAAGGAAUUGGGCGAGAAGGCCAAACUGUUCACGAAUGUUUACGUUAAGAACUUCGGUGAGGACAUGACGGAUGACAAGCUCAAAGAUAUGUUUGAGAAGUACGGGACCAUCACCAGCCACAAAGUGAUGAGCAAAGACGACGGUAAGUCGCGCGGCUUCGGUUUCGUCGCGUUUGAGGACCCGGACGCCGCUGAACAGGCGGUGCUCGAGUUGAAUGGCAAGGAAAUUGCCGAGGGCAAGUGUAUGUACGUCGGACGCGCUCAGAAGAAAGCCGAGCGCCAACAGGAGCUCAAACGGAAGUUCGAACAGCUGAAGAUUGAGCGUCUGAAUCGCUACCAGGGUGUCAAUCUCUAUGUGAAGAACCUGGAUGACACUAUUGACGACGAACGCCUGCGUAAGGAGUUCACGCCGUUUGGUACGAUUACAUCCGCCAAAGUGAUGAUGGAAGAGGGACGUAGCAAGGGUUUCGGCUUCGUGUGCUUCUCGCAGCCGGAAGAGGCCACUAAGGCGGUCACAGAGAUGAACGGACGCAUCGUGGGCUCGAAGCCGCUCUACGUCGCCUUAGCGCAGCGCAAGGAGGACCGCAAGGCACACCUCGCCUCGCAAUACAUGCAGCGCAUGGCGAACGUGCGCAUGCAACAGAUGGGACAGAUAUUCCAACCCGGUAACGCCGGCAGUUAUUUCGUGCCGACGCUGCCACAACCGCAGCGAUUCUACGGACCCGCUCAGAUGGCGCAGAUCCGCGCCACUCCGCGUUGGCCGGCGCAACCGAAUCAAGUGCGGCCGAAUGCGCAAACUGGUAGUUCUGGAUUCACCUCGAUGCAAGCACCGUUCAGAACAGCGCCGCGCGCGCCUGCUGCACAAGCUGGUGCCUUGCGUAACAGCAUGUCCGCCAGGCCCAUCACAGGUCAACAAGCGGUUGGUGGCGCCAAUAUGCAGAGUCGUUCCAUGGCCGGGCCCGCUGUCGGGGUCUCGCCCGGUCAGAGCCGUCCGUCAAAUUACAAGUACACCGCGAACAUGCGCAAUCCACCACAAGCAACUAUGGCACUUCCUGCACAAACUCCUUCGGUGCAGCAGGCAGUACACAUUCAGGGUCAGGAACCGCUCACUGCAUCGAUGCUGGCUGCGGCGCCACCGCAAGAACAGAAGCAGAUGUUGGGCGAGCGAUUGUUCCCGCUCAUACAAUGCAUGUAUCCACAACUGACCGGCAAGAUUACCGGCAUGUUGUUGGAGAUUGACAACAGCGAGCUGCUUCACAUGCUGGAGCACAACGAAUCCCUGAAGGCCAAGGUCGAGGAAGCUGUGGCUGUACUGCAAGCCCAUCAAGCCAAGCAAGCGGUUGCUCCUAAAAAGGAGUAAAAAAAAAAAGAAUAAAAAUAAACUCAAAUGUAAAAGGGCUUAUCCUCCUUUUACGAAAAUAAAUUUUUCUUUAAAGGU